GAAAAAACGUCCUCUACUUAAGCUGACUUAGUAAGAGGGCAAAGAGAAUUGCGAAAGAGUCACACAUAGCUGCUAUUCCAGGCUUAAAUUUCCAUAUCCUUUCUCAUUCUAAAUUCCACAAAAACGAAGCUCCCUAGAAAAUUGUCUCUUAAAUUAACUUCCCCAUCUGUCUCAAAUUGGCUGCUGCUUAUAUAAAUAUACAUGUUUAUCACCCCAACUCCAGCUUCAUAAAUUAAUCCAAUGCCAUGAAGCACAGCAACCAACCAGUAAUGGAGAUCACAGUGAUAUCAGCUCAAGGCCUCAAGAACUCUUCUCACUUUUCCCAGAAGAUUAGACCCUUUAUCACCCUCACCACUACUCCACCAGCUGCCACAACAUGCCGGUCCUCCGGCGACGAGAAGUGCCACGUGUACAAAACGAGGGUGGAUGAUGAAGGUGGGAUCAACCCAACAUGGGGUGACAAGUUCUUGGUUCCUCUGGAUGCUAGUUUCUUCAGCAACAGGUAUUCUUGCAUAUAUCUCCAGCUUUACACUAAGCGGCUCAUAAUGGGCCGGGCUCAGCUGGGCUGGUGUCAAAUCCCGGCCUAUGAUAUUGUCGGGUUCCCGGCGACGGGCUCGGUGCGGUGCCUGAGUUACCGGCUACGGGCUAGGGACGGUACGAGGACUCAUGGGGUUGUGAACGUGGCUAUCAAGUUGGAGAAUUUGGCGCCGGUGAGCAAUCAGAGGGUGGUGUCAGUAAACUCUAUCUCAUCGACAUUUGACACGUGUGGCACGGUUAUUGGUACCCCGGUGGCACAGCUAUCACCUUUGGCGGGUGAGUGCUCCGUUACGUGUCAGGGGCAGAUAAGUCACUUUGGUUUUGGUUGUAGAGAGGGAAAUAGAUGGAGCCAUGUGUGAAGGGCAUUUGGCUCAACCUUCUCUUUGCGAUUGAGAUGUGUUUGCGCAUAGCACCGAACUUUCAAUGAACCUAAAGGUUGGGUUUGGUUUGGGGAAUGGAAGAUAAAGAUCAUUUUCCAAUCACAAAUUUGAGUUCACAUAUCAUCAGUAUGCAAAACUCCAAGAUCUGUCACCUCUAGCGCAUCAUAUCAACGUGAAAUACCCGCUGGAUGUUGCAACAGGUGCAAGAAUUUGAUAUUUAAGAAGAUUCGAGUUUUAUAAA